CAGUUUCCCCUUGGCGGGCCGGGUGCGGCCAUGGAGGGCGACCCUCCUCCGGUGGAGGAGCGGCGGCGGCUGCGAGAGGAGCUGACCGAGUUCGUGGAGAGCUGCUGUCGGACACUGGAGGAGGUGACGUCUUCCCUGGGCUGGAGCCUGGAUCGGCUGGAGCCCGGGGAGGAGGAGGCGGCAGAGGAUGAAGUUGUGAUAUGUCCUUAUGAUUCCAAUCAUCACAUGCCUAAAUCAUCUUUAGCAAAGCACAUGGUAUCGUGUAGAUUGAGAAAACUGGGCUAUACCAAAGAAGAAGAGGAUAAAAUGUAUAAUUCUGAAUUUUUCUAUGAGAAUGUGAAGAUACCUUCAAUCACUUUGAAUAAAGACUCACAAUUCCAGAUAAUUAAACAAGCUAGAACUGCAGUUGGAAAAGAUGGUGAUUGUUAUAAUCAAAGAAUUUAUUCUUCAUUACCUGUUGAAGUUCCUCUGAAUCACAAACGAUUUGUUUGUGAUCUGACCCAAGCUGAUCGUCUUGCCCUCUAUGAUUUUGUAAUUGAGGAGACAAAGAAAAAGCGCUCUGAUUCUCAAAUUAUCGAAAAUGACAGUGAUCUCUUUGUAGACUUGGCUGCAAAAGUCAAUCAAGAUAAUAGUCGAAAAAGUCCAAAAUCUUACCUUGAAAUCCUGGCAGAAGUGAGGGAUUAUAAAAGGAGACGUCAGUCCUAUAGAGCUAAGAAUGUUCACAUAACCAAGAAGUCAUAUACUGAGGUGAUUCGGGAUGUGAUAAAUGUACACAUGGAAGAACUCAGUCAUCACUGGCAAGAAGAGCAGGAAAAAGCAGAGGAUGGUGCUGAAAAGAGUGAAGAAAGGCGAUCCGCUUCCGUAGAUUCACGGCAGUCUGGUGGAAGCUAUUUGGAUGCUGAAUGUUCACGACAUAGAAGGGAUCGGAGUAGGAGCCCACACAAACGAAAAAGAAAUAAAGAUAAAGAUAAAAACUGGGACUCAAGAAGAAGGAAGGAGAGGGAUGGAGAAAGACAUCAUAGUCAUAAAAGAAGAAAGCAAAAAGUGUAAAUGAAGUAUCCAUGCAUGUAUUAAUUAUGCUGAUGUCAUGAUAACCAGUAUGCUGAUAUUUUUACUACAAUUGCUUUGAGUAGGAGAGUGUGUUUAUGUGACCUGUUCAGUGCUCAAAUCAUUACUUUUAAGUGCUAAUGUUUCAAACCAUGAGUACACUGUUAUGCCUUAUAAUUUUGUUUUCCAUAUAUUUUAAUAGAUGAUUGCUUCCUAUUACUGAUUUUUUUUGAUAAUUUAUGCAUCAGAAAAUUCUUUAAAAUCCGUACUUAAAUUAUAUAAAUAAUAACACAUAUGUAUUCUCAUUUUAAAAAAUUAAAACUUACAGAACACCCGUCUGCCAUCCCUAUGGCCACCCCUGUGGUAACUACUAUUCACCACAACACUGGUGAGUUGUAAUAGGAAAAAAGAACCUAAAUAUCUGCCAGGAGUGGGAAGGCCUGGCUAAAUAAAAUGCACUAUAGUCAUUUAAUAGAGUAUUUAUAUUGGAUUUAAAAGAAGUAAAUGUUAUAUGUUAACAGGGAUAGAUCUCAGAAGCAUAAUGUUAAGCGACAACUGCAAGUUGCAGAAAGAUAAUGUACCAGUAAAUCUUUCUACAAAACAAUGCUGUAUGUUUUCAGUGGCUAUAGACAUAUGUAAAUAUAUUUUUAAAGGUGCAAAAGAACCCAUACCAAACUCACAACGGUGAUUAUUUGGGGAGACAGUAGAAAUGGGAGAGAUUCGGUGGCAGCAAGGACUGGGAGGCAGGUCAAAGGGAACUUUAGCUUCAUUCAUUAUACACUAAUUUUUUAAGA